AUGGUCGCUUCCGGUGCUUUUCAAGUGGGAAUCUGUGGUGCUGGUGUUGCGGGACUGAGUGCUGCCAUCGCUUUGAGAAAGAUCGGCCAUGACGUUGAGAUCUUCGAGCGCUCUCAGUUCAAGAACGAAAACGGCGCUGCCGUGUCUAUCCCACCCAAUGGAACUCGGGUUCUGGAGCAUUGGGGUUUUGAUCCCAUCAAAGCGGGAGGCAUCGAGAAUAUCCAGGUCCGUCGACCAAAGGGUGACACCUUGGAACCAAUGGCACCAACAUUGAACUUCUCCAAUGCGGAACAACUAUAUGGCAACAAGUGGUUCUUCUAUCACCGAGUCGACAUGCAUCGACGCCUGAAGGAACAAGCAGAGGAAGCUGGCGCGAUCAUCAGGCUAGGACAACAAGUGAUGGACGUGGACCCCGAGACUGGCGUUAUAUCCUUGAAAGAUGGAACGAGGGUACAGAAAGAUCUCGUCAUCAUUGCUGAUGGCCAGCAUGAUCGCAUGAACGCUAAGAUCACCGGCAAGGAGGUCCCCAUGAAGAGAAGCGGCCAGACAGCAUAUCGAUGCCUCAUCCCCAUGAAGGAUAUUCUCGCCGACGAGGAGACCAAAUUCUUGUUCGAGAACCAACCGCCCGGGUUCUGGGCCCCGGCCUUGCCUUCCAAGGGCGUUAUGGCCGUCACUUAUCCUUGCAGAAACAAUGAGAUACUCAACGUACUCGCUGUGCACCGGAAGCUGGGCCAACAUGCAACAAGUGAGGAUGAUGUGGUGAUUGAGGACUGGAACUUUCCCGCCACGCAUGAGGACUUGGAGAAAGUUCUCGAUGGUUUCCACCCGGCGGUGAAAAAGGUCUUUUUGAAGUCGCCCGAGGUCAAAGUGUACACUCAGAUGAAACGAGAUCCCUUAACCAAGAUGACCAAGGGCAAGGCUGUUCUGAUCGGCGAUGCCUGCCACCCUAUGCUCCUGACCCAUGCUCAGGGUGUUUCGUCCUCAAUCGAGGAUGCCGCUGCUCUCGAGCUUUUCCUCGCCGACGUCCCUGCCACCGGAGACGUCACUUCUGCGCCCUCAGAGAAGCUGCUGCAACGCCUAGCUCAAUUCGAGGCAUUCCGUCUACCCCGAGUCUCUGCGACACAAAUCCUGACAGACCCUGUUGUCCCCGGACCACAGGCUGCGGCCAACUAUGCCAAACAAGAAGCCGAGAUUCGAAAAUACUACUCAGGUCCUCUGCCACCGACGGGUUCAAUGCCGCACAGCCCGCCAAUUUGUCAGUUUUUCUUCGGCUAUGAUGUAAGGAAAGAAGCCAUAAAAUUUAUUGCCGACCUCAACGGCGAGAAACAGACGACCGAAGCUAUCCCCGCGCCUUCGCCUGCUCCGGAGCCAGUGAAGGCAGCCAUCCCAGCCCCGGCCCCAGUUCAACAGCCACGUGUGGAGGAGAGACCUCUGACACCCUCCCCCGUGCGCGACGAGACGACUGAUGUCAGUGCAAUGGAACAAAAGAUCAAGGACCUCGAGCGCAGAUUAGCCGAGAUGGAGAGCAAAUUCGCCUCAAUGAGCAUCCAAAUCUCAUUUAGGGAGGUUCAACCCACGCCACCAGAGUCGCCGCCUAGCAUGUUUGGGAAAUCCCCGUUCCUCGUUAGCGCUUCUUAG